UUCACUCCUCAUAUUCCACUCAAAAACAUUCUUAAUCUUCCGUUAUCCCGUACUGUCCUCUAUAAUGGCCUUUAAUUACACUUUUGCCACUUUCUCUCUCCUCCUUUGUUUCACUCUCUGUCUAAAACUAUCUUCUGCUGCUCUUGUCCAGCAACAACCUCUUAUACUCAAAUAUCACAACGGUCCUCUUUUAAAGGGUAAAUUUUCGGUGAAUUUGAUCUGGUACGGUAAGUUUACACCUACCCAACGAUCAAUCAUCGUUGAUUUCAUCCAAUCAUUAGGAUCAGUUGCUGCAUCACCGUCCGUUUCAUCAUGGUGGAAGAUCACGGAAAAGUACAAAGGAGGAGCUUGUAAUCUUAUUGUAGGGAAUCAAGUUAUCCAUGAGAAUUACCCCUUUGGAAAAACCCUAAAAAACUCCCAUUUAAUUGGGCUUAUUGGGUUGACCUCUAAGCCCAAUAAUAAUGGGCUCAAUUCCAUUGAUAUUAUUCUCACGGCCCAAGACGUGGCUGUUGAAGGGUUCUGUUCUCGGUGUGGGUCUCAUGGGUCGACGGGUCGGGUCGGGUCUAAGAAGGCGUAUAUUUGGGUUGGAAACUCGGCGAGUCAGUGUCCGGGUCAGUGUGCUUGGCCGUUUUAUCAACCUUUGUAUGGCCCACAAAGCCCACCUCUUGUGGCCCCCAAUGGUGAUGUUGAUGUGGAUGGAAUGAUUAUUAAUUUGGCUACGUUAUUGGCGGGUACGGUAACAAACCCGUUUUCUGACGGGUAUUUUCAAGGACCCGCAACAGCUCCGCUUGAAGCUGUUAGUGCCUGUACCGGAAUAUUCGGUACAGGCGCUUAUUCAGGUUAUCCCGGGAGGGUGCUUGUUGAUAAGGCCACUGGAGCCAGUUAUAAUGCUUAUGGGGUAAAUGGAAGGAAGUAUUUACUUCCGGCGAUGUGGGACCCAUUAAAGUCUGCUUGUUCGACGCUUGUUUGAGUGAACUUGAUGAAGGAUUAUGAUGUAUCGACUAUUGAUGAUGCAUAUAGUGAAAAGUGUAAAAUGUUUUUAUUUUAUUUUAUUUUUUUUUUAUUUUGGGAGGAUAAUAUAAUGAAGAAAAAGAUCAUAUAGAUGCAAAAUAUGUAAUGUAAUGUGACAAUGUGACUAUGUGAGUACGUAGAUACGGGUGGGUUUAGAUUUUUUUUUGAAUUACAUUUAUAUCAUGAAAAGAAUUACUUAUGUGAGAAUUAGAUAAGAUUUUAUCUGAAAAAGCGAUAUUAACUCUUUAACAGAGAUAUGUUUUGAUUCCCAUGAUCUAGUUUGAUAUUGGGCUAUUUGUUGAUUUGUAAUGUUAAAUGUAUAUUCCGUUUACGAGAAAGUCAAGAAGUUUGAAAAAUUAAU